AUGAGGAGAACCUGUUCUGCUCUCCGUGGCUAUGUUCAAAACCACAGGGUGAUCAAUAUACCUUUCUUAAGACCUUAUACGUCGUCAAAUGGCAUAUCGUCCACAAAAGUAAGCUUUCACACUACAGAUUGGAAUACCCGAAAUGAGUUUUUCAAAUUCACACGCGGUCGUUUUAUCUUGGAUGAGAAUGAAAAUCUCAGAAAUAGAGAGGUUGCGUUCGAUAUGAAUGAGCUCGCGAAGGUUGCAGCAGACUCAGUUGGAGCUGCUCAGUGUGUCGACGUCAGAAAGUUCACGGACGGGAUGUUCAACAAAGCCUUCCUGAUGCUCAUGAACGAUGGACAAGAGGUUGUUGCCAAGGUACCCAACCCAAAUGCAGGCCACGCACAUUACACCACGGCUAGUGAAGUCGCCACAAUGGAUUUUGCCAGGAGAGUGCUUGAUACACCUGCGCCUCGUGUUUACGCAUGGAACUCCCAUGCUCAAUCGCAUUCAGUUGGAGCUGAAUACAUCAUCAUGGAAAAAGCGCAGGGUGUUCCUCUCUCUCAAGUUUGGGACGCGAUAGCAUUGCCUCAAAAGCUUCAAGUGCUGCUUGCCCUGGUACAGAUUCAAAAGAGGUGGCUGAGCAUUUCAUUCUCGCACUACGGCGGCUUGUACUAUGCUAAAGAUGUGCGUUCAUCUUCGGCGAGCCAUUACGUCCAAGACGGCGUGGUCAUUAAAAACUCAGAAUUCGUUGUAGGACCAGCUACCGGCAGGGACUGGCAUGAUGCUGGGCGGGCGGGCAUAGACAUCGAAAGAGGACCAUGGUCCUCGUUGAGCCAGUAUUUGCGAUCGAUCGGUGAGAGGGAAACGAAAGCAACUCAGAUUCUAAAGCCGCCGAAACAGAUAGCUCUGUUCUGUGGCCCCAAGCUUUAUCAACCAGAUCCCAAAGAGAAGCUCACUGCGCUCGGCCAGUACCAACACAUCCUCGAUGCAAUCCUCCCUGAAGAUAAUACUACUUGCGAUCCAUACCUUUGGCACGACGAUUUGCAUGCUGAUAACAUCUUCGUCGAUCCCAGCAAUCCCGGAAAGAUUACAACCAUCAUAGAUUGGCAGUCUUGCCACAUCUCACCUCUAUUCAACUACAAUGCGGAUCCGGCGUUCCUCGAUUGGGAUGGCCUCGCGCCAGAGAACCUCGAUUUGACUCCAAAGCCAGAUCUUUCUGGACUUUCCUCUGAAGAGAAAUCCGCAGCCUUGCGUGAUUACGCGCAUCUAAAUGUUUUCAUCGCAUGGCGAAAACUCAUGCAAGCGAAGAAUCCAGGCUUGUUUGAGGUGACGGAGUUCCAAAAGACACCGUCAUACGGGCUACUGUUUCUGGCACACAGGAUGUUUGAGUACGGCGAGGCGCACUUUCAGUCUCUUCUAGUCGAUUUGAAGGACACAUGGCCGACCCUAACAGCAGUCACAGGCCAGAGUCCGUUCCCAUUCGAUUUUUCGCAUGCUGACAUUGAGCGCAUCAAGUCAAAAAGUGAUGGUGCGGUGGCUGGAACAGAGCUUCUAGCGCAGGUGAAGGAAACUAUGGGCGAACUGUGGCCGGACAAGGGCUUCAUCGAUCACGAGCGGUACGAUGCUUGUAGAGCCGAACUCAAGGAAAUGAAAGAACAGCUAAUUGAGCAGUUGGCGGAGAGCGAGGAGGAACGAGCGGAGUACGAACGCUAUUGGCCGUUCGACUAA